AUGACACUUGCAAAGUCUGUAGACCAGAACGAAUAUAAACCAUUCGAACUUUCUUUUGGAGCAGGUGCUUUAUCCGGUGCUUACAACAGCAUCGAAGACCACUGGCCCGUCGAAGCAUGCAGAGAAGCCUUACGCUUAGGCAUCAAUAGUUUUGAUACCUCGCCUUACUACGGUAAAAGUGAAUUCAUUCUUGGCGAUGCAUUGCAGGCUAUCAAGGACGAAUUCCCGCGGUCCUCCUAUUACAUUUCAACCAAAGUUGGCCGUUAUGGAUAUAGCGUCAAGGAUUUUGAUUACAGCGCGGAACGAGUGACCGCCAGUGUAGAGGAAAGCAUGAAACGACUCCAUACCGAUUAUCUGGAUAUCGUAUUCUGCCACGACGUGGAAUUUGUGCCGUUUGAACACGUCGUUGGCCCCAACUGUGCCCUCGAAGCUCUUUUCCGACUUAAAGAUCAAGGCAAAAUCAAAUAUGUGGGCGUUUCUGGGUAUCCACUGGAAGUGCUGUUAAGGAUUGCCGAGCAUCAAUCUGCCCAAGGACGACCGUUGGAUAUCGUGUUGUCCUAUUGUCAUUACACACUUCAGAAUACCAUGCUGGCUAAAUACACGCCUCAAUUCCGUGCGGCCGGUGUACGCUACGUAUUGAACGCUUCGCCCUUGGGUAUGGCGUUGUUCCGCGAAGCCGGUCCUCCUGACUGGCAUCCGGCUCAUCCGCCCCUGCGAGAAGCGGCUCACAAGUGCGCUUCAUUAGCCAAAGAAAAUGGCUUGAACAUCUCUGAACUCGCUUCCAUGUUUGCCUUUGCAGGCCGAGAUGCCUUCAAUCUCACUUCCACCGUGAUUGGCCUUCAGAAAAAAGAAGAAGUGCGCACCGCCAUUGAUGCUUGGCAACUCGUCAAGCAACGAGAACAAGGCACUCAAACCGUUCCUCAAGUGGAAGCCAACGUUAUGGCUCAGAUCACAGACCUUCUUCGUCCUUUUAAAGAUUUCUCAUGGCAAAGUCCAUCCGCCAAAGAAAUGGCAGAUCCAUCACAAUAA